AUCCGUUCAUAAAUAUACCUGGAGCGUCAUUUCCAACGCGAUCUACUUUGAAGAUAGACGCAGUACCGAGCAUUCGGAAGAGUUGUUCCAGUGUUGAGAACCACCAGAAACACCAGUAGCGAAAAGAAUAAAGCGUCGCAACGAUCUACGAGAUAUCAGGGAAAAUAUACUACCAAAACAUGGCGACGAUGACCACAAUGGCGACGAAUGCGAAGAUGAUCAUUUGCCUUUGGCCGGAGAAUCCUCUGAUGCUCAGAUGUUUGAUAUUGAAGAAGACAUCACCAAAGUUGAUAAAUCCUGCCAAACAUCAGAGGGAUGUCUCAAUUGYAAACACUUGUCUAGCCAAAUUCGWCAGCUAAAAAACAAGGUUAUUGAUCUGAAAAACAAGAUACAAGACAAAGACAAGAUAAUUACACARCAAAAAGAAACCAUUGAUUCAGUAUCAGCUGAUCUCCAAGCCCAAAAAGAGAAAUUGGUCACUGAGCUCCAAACACAAGAAUUCACCACUUCGGACGAUGAGGAGGACUUUAACAUUAUAGAAGAGGAACCUUGCACCAAAACAAAAGAUGGUGAUUAUGAGCCAGAUACUGAAAGUGAGGCAGAGAGCGAGAGUGAUUCUAGUGAUGAACAACCCACUGAUAUUAGUUAUGACGAUGAUAAUUUGAGGACACAGCCAAAGUUCGUGGUCUUUAUAAGCCAACUACUUCUUCUUUUCCAUUCCUGUCCUUCUUGUAAACAUGAUAAUGCUAUCGUAAAGACAAGUGUUCUUGGAACGAUGGUACAAAUAGUUUUACAGKGCAUUAAUCCACACUGUAAAAAUCCAUGCUACAUAUGGAAAAGUCAACCAACCAUGACUGGAACCAARAUGCCAGCAGGAAAUUUUCUGCUAUGUUUCUCCACAYUAGUGUCUGGUGCCUCACCUUCCAAAGUUUUCCAGRUCUUUCGUCACAUGGGACUCUGUUGCAUUAGCCUAAGGACAUAUUUCAGACAUCAAACAGAUAAACKUUUCCCAAGCAUUCAUUUGUUCUGGAAGAAUUAUCAAGAUGAAAUGAUUGAAAAGCUGAAAACAUCAGGAAAAAACUUGGCUAUUGCUGGAGACGGGCGCCAUGAUAGCAUGGGACAUAGUGCUAAAUACUGUGCUUACACUAUGUUUUGCUGCAAUGAACCACUCAUCCUUCACUUUUCCCUUGUUCAGAGAAAUGUUGCCGAUAGCAGUCCUGCCAUGGAGAAACUAGCAUUUACACAUUGUAUGGAUGACCUUGUGAGAUGGGAUCUGCUGUUCGACACUCUAAUAACGGAUCGGCAUACUGGAAUUGCAAAGUAUAUGAGGGAGAACAUGGCAAAUAAGAACCAUUACUUCGACCUGUGGCAUCUCAAAAAGAAAGUACACAAGGUCCUCACAAAGCUUUCAAAAGAGAAAGACUGUGACAUCAUCUCGGAUUGGAUAGAGCCCUGCGAAAACCACCUAAUGUGGUCAGCCACAUCUACACCCUCAGGUGAUGGCGAACUUAUUUGGGCUAAGUUCGAAUCAUUCCUGUCGCACAUCAUAAAUAAACACCGAGACUUAGAGAAUGUAUUGUUUAACAAGUGUAGCCAUGAAGAAAACAUCCCCGACAGACAAUGGCUGGAAGAAGAUACUAAAGUUUAUGACAAAGUGUGUGCCAUCCUAAAGAAAAAAGCUCUGCUGAAUGGCAUCAAACAGGCAUCUCCAAUGGCUCAGACAAGCUGCAUUGAGGGGUUCCAUUCGGUAAUAAACCAUUACUCACCUAAAAUGACAGGCUACAGUUAUCAAGGAAUGUACUGCAGGCACAUAAUAGCAGCUGUGCAUUUCAAUUACAAUCUAUACCGUGCAGUCAAAUUGCAUCGUGAUGGGAGUGAACAAGUCAACAUUAUCUAYCCCAAGUUCAAAAAUGGAAAAGCUACAGUGAAGAAAGUACGAGUUAAGCCUAAUUAUGAUUACAUAGAGAGCAUUUAUGACAUGUGUUUGUAUACCAUGACAAACAAUUUACUAAGAGAUGCCAUUGAAGAACUAKAUGAUAUGACUCCCGAGCCAAUGAAUACCAUGCUCAACAAGCAAUCUAGAGAUGACGCUCUGGRCCUAUGGAAGCGCAGGCAAUCUAUGGUUGUUCAAGAAAUCCCUUCCACAUUUACAGAAUCACAAGUAGAAGUAGUCCCAGUGACAGUUGGCCAAUCUGCUGUAGAUUCAUCUCAGAGAAGGCAACCCAAGUGUAGGCAUUGCGAAAAACCCAUGAAGGGCCAUAAAUUUKUGUUGGCAGAAUGCCUUGAAAUAAGGAGAAAUAAAAAUAGAUAAUGUACCGAUAAAAUCGAUUAAAUAUAAUAUAGCUUGUGAAUUUAACAUAAAGGAGUUUGUUCGUGUUACAUACAAUAUMUUCUUUGUAAAUAUAAUAUACAAUAGUUAACUAAAAAAUUAUUUA